AUGGUUCAGACACUAGAAGCUAUCAAGGGUGGUGGAGGAUCCAUUAAAGUUGGAAGCACUGGAACAAUCAGUGUCCUGAUGUCGAGGGAAUUAGAAUCUAGUAAUUCUGCUUCUCAAAUGCCUGAUUCACGUAGAAAUAAUUCUUUUCCGGCUUUUGUCACGUCCCCGACUGAUGAAACUUCUUCUAGAAGACUGAAAUCUAAAACACUGGUGAAUGAAGCAAGUAGCAGUGACACCAGCAGUGUUAAUCAUAAAGUCCUUGAAACAACGACGAGGAAAAAGCAUUACAUGGGAAAAACUCAUCAAAUUCCGAUGCUCAAAGCUGAUAAUAUCUCAAUAGACGGAACUCCUAUUAGACCAAAACCCACAAAAAAGGGAUCGGGCAUGGUAGAAAUUGUGGACAUAAAAUGUGGAAAUCCAGACAGGACAUGGGCAAGUCCUAUUACAAAUCGUCUUAAAAAGCUAAGUUUCUCGAAAUUGUCCGAGAACACUGCCUAA